AUGAGCUCCCCCAUCAGCAAGAGCCGCUCCCUUGUCGCCUUCCUCCAGCAGCUGCGCCACCUGGGGCAGCCACCCAGACCGGUGACGUCUGCGGCGUGCGCACCCCCUCGGCCGCGGGAUGUGCCCCUCUGCCCGCUGAUGGAACAGCGCGAGGCGCAGAACGCGGCAGCCCUGUCGGGCCCCACCAACUGGCCGCUGCUGGGCAGCCUGCUGGAGAUUCUCUGGAAAGGGGGCCUCAAGAAACAGCACGACACGCUGGCGGAGUACCACAGGAAGUAUGGCAAGAUUUUCCGCCUGAAGUUGGGUUCCUUCGACUCGGUGCACCUGGGCUCGCCGUGCCUGCUGGAAGCGCUGUACCGUACGGAGAGCGCGUACCCCCAGCGGCUGGAGAUCAAGCCCUGGAAGGCCUAUCGCGACUACCGCAAGGAGGGCUACGGGCUGCUGAUCCUGGAAGGAGAAGACUGGCAGAGGGUCCGGAGUGCUUUUCAGAAAAAACUAAUGAAACCAGUAGAAAUUAUGAAGCUGGACAACAAAAUCAACGAGGUCUUGGCUGAUUUUAUGGGUAGAAUAGAUGAGCUCUGUGACGAGAGGGGCCAUAUUGAAGACUUAUACAGCGAACUGAACAAAUGGUCAUUUGAAAGCAUCUGCCUUGUGCUCUAUGAGAAGAGAUUUGGACUGCUUCAGAAGAAUGCAGGGGGUGAAGCUUUGAAUUUCAUCAUGGCCAUCAAAACAAUGAUGAGCACGUUUGGGAGGAUGAUGGUAACCCCGGUCGAGCUGCACAAGAGCCUCAAUACCAAGGUGUGGCAGGCUCACACGUUGGCCUGGGACACCAUUUUCAAAUCAGUCAAGUCUUGUAUCGACAACCGCUUAGAGAAACAUUCUGAGCAGCCCAGCACGGAUUUCCUCUGUGAUAUUUAUCACCACCAUCAGCUUUCCAAGAAAGAAUUGUAUGCGGCUGUCACAGAGCUCCAGCUGGCUGCCGUAGAAACGACAGCGAACAGCUUAAUGUGGGUUCUCUACAAUUUAUCCCGUAAUCCCCAUGUGCAACAAAAGCUUCUUAAGGAAAUUCAGAGGGUAUUGCCUGAGAAUCGGAUGCCACGGGCAGAGGAUCUGAGGAAUAUGCCAUAUUUAAAAGCCUGUCUGAAAGAAUCUAUGAGGCUUACCCCAAGUGUGCCAUUUACAACUAGGACUCUUGACAAAGCAAUGGUUCUGGGUGAAUAUGCUUUACCCAAAGGAACAGUGUUGAUGUUAAAUACCCAGGUGUUGGGAUCCAGUGAAGAAAAUUUUAAAGAUUCAAGCCAGUUUAGGCCCGAACGAUGGCUUCAGGAGAAGACAAAGAUUAAUCCUUUUGCGCAUCUUCCAUUUGGCAUUGGGAAAAGAAUGUGCAUCGGUCGCCGACUAGCCGAGCUCCAGCUCCACUUGGCUCUCUGCUGGAUCGUCCGCAAAUAUGACAUCGUGGCCACGGACAAUGAGCCUGUGGAGAUGCUGCACCUGGGCAUCCUGGUGCCCAGCCGGGUGCCCCCCAUCGCUUUCCGACAGCGGUAAGAGCCUCAG